AUGAAGCCGUCUGUAUAUUGCUUUGUAUCCGGUGGAGAAGUGAAUUUUGUUCCUAUAAAUACAAGUGAAGAAAAUUUACGCUUCAUCGAUGAGCCAGAAAACGACCAGAUCAACCAUAAAAAUGGCGAAGCUAAUGCCGUUCCUCGAGAAAUUAAAAUGAAGAUAAGAAAUAAAAAUCUAUUAUACAAACUCAAUAAUGCAUCUUUCUCAGAUUUGGAUUCAGAUUCACAUCAUGAAGGCUCCAAUACGCCAUCUUUACAGGUAGAUUCAUCGCCUGGCACAUCACCAAGUCCACCCCCAAUAAAGAAUUCAAAUGAUACAAGUGGCAUAAAUAAUCACUCCACACACGCCAUGUACUUACCUGAGUAUUAUAUUGACUUGGAGAGAAGUGAAGACAAUGAGUAUUGUGAGGUUAAGGGCCUUCUUUCGAAGAUAUUUCCUCAUACAUGGGUGGACGUAACCAAGAUUCAAAUCAAGAGAGUCACUGGUGGUAUAACGAACAUGCUUUUAUCAUGCACAUAUUCAGGAACAGAUGAUACAGUUCUUAUGAGAGUAUAUGGAAAUGGUACAAACCUUAUAAUAGAUAGACAUAGAGAGUUUGUGCUGCAUUUGGUAUUGAAUUCUUUAGACUUGGCCCCAGCAGUUCAUGCAAGAUUCAGAAAUGGCCUAGUUUAUGGCUUCUUACCUGGACGAUCUUUAGAAACUGAAGAACUACAAUCUGAAGGGUUAUAUCCUUCGAUUGCCCAACAGUUGGGUAAUUGGCAUAGUAAAGUGGAUAGCAACGCUAUUCAAAAUGGGGUAGAAAGAUUACGAAAUUUUAGUGUAGAAAUGAAAAGGAAAUCAAAAGAGCAUGGAAAUAAUUAUGAGUCUGUUAAAAAGAAGAUUAAAAAAUCUAAAAAGCGUUUUAUAUCUAAUGUGUGGGAAUUAAUCGAAGAUUGGAUCAACAUUGUGCCUAUAACUCCAGAUUUAAUUGCUUCUUUCAAUGAAAAUUCUGAUAAUCAAGUCACAGAGGAAAACAUGAGAGAAAUUAUACAACAAGAAUUCACAUGGUUAAAAUCAGUUACUGUAUCCACGAAAUCCCCUAUUGUCACAUCACAUUGUGAUCUUCUUUCGGGAAAUGUUAUUAUCCAAAGUGAUUUAGCAGCGGAUAAUAACUCAUUCAAAUUACCCCUACUUGAUAAGAAUCCUGUAAAAUUCAUUGAUUAUGAAUAUAUGUUGCCAGCACCUAGAGCAUUUGAUAUCGCAAAUCACUUGAGUGAGUGGCAGGGGUUUGAUUGCAAAAGAGAAGCUAUCCCUAAAGCAUCAUUAUCGAAUCCAACUAUGGUAAAAUGGGUUAAAGGCUAUCUCAAUAAUGAAAAUGCUUCACAAGAUGAAGUAAGUAGUUUAAUAAACGAAAUAGCUGGGUUCUAUGGUAUGCCAGGAUUUUAUUGGGGUGUCUGGGCCAUGAUUCAGAGUGAAAUUUCUGAUAUUGACUUUAAUUACGCUAAAUAUGGAAAAUCAAGAUUACAAGAAUAUUGGGAUUGGAAGCUCGAUUAUUUGAAAAAUAUAUAG